AUGGCUGACUUGAGACGAACCGCGGGACCUGGCGUCACUGAAUGGAGUGAAUACGACCUCGAUGCCUACCAUAUCACUGUAUCAUCCCAGACCAAACGGAAAUUCUUUGGUAUGCCUCGUCUUCCACCGCCUGCCCACCCUAGUGCACUUGUCGAUUUCAUGAAUCCUCCGGAUCCACGAAUCAUGUCGGCUAGCACGAAAAAGUUGCUGGGGUACUUUAAUUUAGGCAACUACCCAUAUUAUGGACAGUACAGGACAGGAAGGAUCAAUUUCUUUGCGAAGCUAUUGGAGACAUAUGGAUAUAAUGAUGGCCGAAGGAUCGUUUUCACUCACCAUCCACUUCCACUUCCUAUCUGCGGGGUGUCUUCGCUUGUAGAGAUGGAUAUUUCUGUCAUGGAUGAUGACGAGAUUCUCAUGGUGGUACAGGAUAAAACUCCGACGAGGUUCGACGAGAACACGUCAGAGUCACAGUCAUGGGUGGAUCCUGAGGCUAUAGUCAUCGCAGGGGCUAUUGCUGCGUAUGCAGCAAACAACAAGGUUCGGGUGGAUAUGAAUCUCCCUCUUCUCGAUGUCAUCACUAUUCCCGCCAUCACUUUGGAAGGACUCACUCCCACCUUCUAUAAAAUCCCCGUCACGGCCGAACUGAGCGGGCCGUUGCAGGAGGCACGU